AUGAAUGAUGAUCUUCCAUACAUGGAUUCCAAUGUCAUUGAUCUCUCUCUUCUAUCUUCAUCAUCUAUGGUUGAUAGUGCAGAAGAAAUGAGGAAACUUAAGUCUGCACUAGUCUCUUGGGGUUGCAUUCAGCUUGUAAAUCAUGGAAUGUCAAUUGAAUUUUUGGACGAAAUUCGUAAAAUUAGCAAGGAAUUCUUUGAACUUCCUUUGGAGGAGAAAGAGAAAUAUUCAAAGACAUCUACAAACCCUGAUGGUUAUGGUACUGAUUAUCCAAACAAUACUUAUCCCAUAAGUUACCGAUUGUUUCUCAAAAUUUAUCCAGAAAAUCAACGAAGUCUUGAACGUUGGCCAGAAAAUCCUCAAAGAUUUAGGGAAGUUUUGAAUGAAUACACCAUGAAAGUACAAAAAAUACAUGACUUAUUUGCACAAGCCAUGGCAAAAUCUUUGGACUUGGAGGAAAACACAUUUCUAAAUGGAUAUGGCGUGCAUUCAGAGAUGAUAUUACGAAUUAAUUACUAUCCACCAUUUCCACUUGUGGAUCGUGCUCGUGUAAUGUCUAGACACUCUGAUGCAUCAGCUCUAACAUUUUUACUCAAAGAUAGGAAAGUUGAAGCCCUUGAAGUACUUCAAGAUGAUAAAUGGUUUAAAGUUCCAAUUAUUCCCCAUGCUAUCAUGGUUAUUAUUGGUGAUCAAAUAGAGAUGAUGAGUAACGGUAUAUACAAAAGUGUUGAGCAUAGAAUAAGAUCAAAUCCAGAGAAGGCUAGAAUAUCUCUAGCCUUAUUUUGUUCACCUGAUCUCGAAAAAGAGGUUGGACCGAUAAAAGAGUUGGUGACUAAUGAUAGGCCUCCUUUAUACAGAAAUGUAACAAGAUAUAAAGAUAGUUUUGAGAAAUACUAUAUACAAGGCCUUCGCCCGAUAUCAGUUGUGAAGAUUUGA